AUGGCGAGCAGCAGCGGUGCCGUUGUAGAUCCGGCGGGGGAGCCGAUCCCUACGUCGGCAGUGCUGAUGGCCUCGUGGAAGCACAUAGGGGCGGCUUGCAGGACCGAGAACGCCGCUUUCAUCAACUGCAAAAAGAAGGAUCCUAACCCGGAGAAGUGCCUCGACAGGGGACGGGAGGUCACGAGCUGCGUCCUCAGCUUGUAAGGAACCCUAUGCGAAUUUUCCGUCGUUUGGUUUACGCCUAGAGACUAGAGACACUUCGCUGAUUUCUGAUGCUUUUAAAUUGAGCCGUUCUGAUAUAUCCGGCAAGUAGCCGCAAUUGACAGGACCUAAUUGAUGGGUUAUAGGACAAUGUUCUAUCUAGUUCCCGGCUCAAUGAUUAUCAACGCUCUUCAAACCCGUAGGAUUUAUUAGACUUUUUUAUUUGGAUUGGUUUAAGGCUCCUUGUCAUUGUCGAAAGUAUCUGCGGGGGUGGGGCGGGUUGAAGAAAUAAUGCCCAAGAUUAAGAGCGCAGGUGGUCUUUUUUCUUAGACCAUGGUUGCUCAUUUGAGCUCCACAUUGCCAAGUUGCAAACAUAUCAGAAUUUGAAUGGCCAUCUUUCGGAACGCUAGAUGUGUUUAACAUCAUACGACUUCUUAGACACGCAGAGCCUUAGUUCGAAAGAGAGUCUCCAGACUCACACGGCACCAAAGGUUAACAGAGUCCCAAAAUUAUUACCCUAGAAACACGAAGGAAAAUUCUAAUCACCUUUUGCAUUUUGUUCUCGUAGUUAGUCACACCAGCUUUGUUGUAAUUACCUCACUGUGGAAAAAAAAUUAAAAAAAGUUUACUGCAGAUGAUUGAUAAUUAUUCAAUAAAAGUAGGCGCUCGAUGUCUAGAAACUAAUAAUUUCCUGCAAUCAUGUCCAAAGUGUUAGUUUAGGCAUGCCAUUGCACUAGUCAGUAGACACUGAUAUGUUUUAUAACAUAUUUACCUUGUUCUUCUUAUGACAGCUGCUCAUUUUUUAUCCUUCUUUCUUGUUCUCCUAUCUAAUAGUUAUAAGUUUCAACAGAGACCAAACUUUACCAUUUUAGGCCGAUUGAGUGGAAACACCUUAUCUGUGAAAUUAAGGGAAAUGCUUUUCCAGUGUCAGCGAUUUUUUCGCAUGAAUCUGGCUGAGAAAUGGUUGUUUCAACAAGAAAAAUACUCAUAAGUUGUCAAUGUGUACAGUAAACUCCACAUGUUGAUGGCUUUUUAUGAAAAAAUGAAGAAAGAAGGAUACAAAAUAGAGAAAGAAAGCUUAGAGAACUAUGUUAACAAGAUAGACCAUUGUUGGUGACGCUGAGAUUGAUGGGAAUUACCUUUCACCUAGUAAAAGAGAAUAAUUGGACUGGUACACAAACAUGCGCUUGACAUUAAUCACGUGCCAUUGAAGUGGUACACGAACAUGCAUUUGACUUUAUGUAUUGUUUUACAAUCCAGAGACAGGAAAUCCUUAUAUUCUUGGUAAUGCUCAUAAUAUGCCAUUGGACUCACUUUUUUUGUUCUCUAUCAUGUGACACAUAUCUGUUACACUUUUUUGGAUACGAGAGUCAUUGUUUAUCUUAAUUCCACAUUUUCACUGAACAGUAGAGAGUUUGAUGCUCAUAACUGCAAGCAUGCCAUGGUUUUACUCGUUCGACCCACUUAUUCAUCCCUUGUCGUCAUUCGUUUUUACUUUCUCGUUCUACGCUGCCCAGUUGUUCUUCCACUUGGUGAUCUCCUUACCAAGUAACUGCAGUCACUCACUGCAAUUUUCCACAUUUCCAAUUUUUCAUAUACCUCCGGUGAACUCUUCUAAACAUGACACUCUACACUUGUUAGGAUAUGAUAGCAAUUUCUUCUACAAGCUCUUCUACUUCUACAAUAAUUUUGUUGAUUUUAUCGAACUACACUUUUGAUGUAAGGUUCCCCCGCUUUUAUAUCUCCCCUUUUAUGGUCGUGAUUAAUUAUUGAUUGAACUUACUGAGCUAUCAGAAUUCAGCGGCUCUUCUGAAAUGGGUGGGGACAGAACUCUUCCCAAUGACCUAGGAAUUAUGAUCCUUACCAAAAGGGUUCAACGCUCCAUUUCCGUGAUUAUGGCUUAUCAUGCACUGCUUUAUCUCGUGGGACCCUACUUUCAUUUGGAUUUAAUCCACCUUGGAGCUCAGUAUGACGUAUAGACGUUUCUACCACACGUUAUCCAAGUUAUUUGUUAUUUUUUACAAGAUAAGGACCAGGGAUAUUGCCUUAAGUUCCCCCUCCCCUUAAUGAUUGGACUUAAUAGUUUGUGCAGCUCAGAUAAUCUCUGCAUUGGCAUGUUUCUCUUAGAAACCAUACCCUUCCUCUUAGAAAGUAUAAUCCGGUAAAUGGCAUGAUAAAUCAAUUUAUGUGAAGUCAAAUUUUCCCUUUUUCUUUCAUUGCCAUCAUUAGUGGAGUCUUGCCACUUUAUGGAAUUGAUCUGAAGCCCCAUCCAUGGCACUGGUCAAAUUUUCAUAAUAUUUUUCCUUAAUAGCAGCAGUAUACUAAUCACUGUUGCCCUGGUCGCAAUUUGCCUUGUUCCAAUGGUUAAGCCAUAAGUAGACUGCAAGGUUCCACCUACAUAAUAUUUCUAAAACUGGAUGCUAUCAAUUAUUAUUUGCCAACAUCUCGAGCAAACAGUAAGGGCAACGUUUUUUCGGCUGCUGCUCAAUCUUAAGAGCAAAGUACGUCAUAUGCUAUCCACUAUUAGAGAAAAGGUUAACAAUAGACACCUGAAUCCCAUCAGUGGAACCAGGUAUUCUCCAUCGGUGUAACCUUCCCAGGAGAGCUGUCUUUUUCCAUAUGGUAGAGGUCAGCAUUUGGCCGCACACUCUUGUAAAAUAUCUUGGCAUAAUUUCCCAAUAGCUUCCAUCUAAGUCUUGGGGAUUCCCCCCUAGAUCUCCUGGUUGACAUUCCUCUCUCCUAUUAGACUUCUGUUGACAUUGUUAGCCGUCAUUUUAUCAUCCCCAGAUGUGGGGAUCCACCCCAAAUGUGCUCUUCUAACAUAUAUUAUCUUAAAUAAUUUAAGCAGAUUUACAAAGAUGGGAAGAUUCAACCAUGCAGGAUGAACAGAAGUCACCACCACGUCCUGUGUGAACUUGGGUUCCACCAAUUUGUGCUGCCAUCUUAUACUUGACUGAUGUUAAAGGAGAAACAGUUCUCAUCUAUUUUUUCAGUCUUCUUCUGCGAUCGUAUCCCAUCCCACCAGUUGGCUGGUUAAAUGGAAACAACAAAGAUGCCCUCCAUUGAUUCGUCAAAUUGAUCACAUAACAUGCUAUAUAUGGCUUUUGAUUCAGCAAUUCCAUGCUUGUUUCUCGGCAGAGUUUCAUUUUUUUUUUCUUUUUUCGGGUACCUCAGCUGCUAACAUUCCUGGGUCACUCACCAUUACUUUAUUUUUCAGCUCUACUUUGUUAAUUGCAUGGCAUUUUUAUGAACAUUUGAGAAGCUUUCAGUGGUCACACUAUCUCUAACAACGAGGCUUCCCCUGCCUCUCUGGCAGACUGAAAAACCUCCAUCAAAGCUGCACCAAGGAGAUGGAUGCCUACGCUGGCUGCAUGUACUAUAACACCAAUGAAUUUGAAAUGUGCCGUAAGGAGCAGGAGGAAUUCGAGAAGGCUUGCCCUUGGUCUCUCUAG